AUGCCCCGAGUUUUGGGAAUUCAUACCGAGGGCAGCUUUUCCAGUAUCCUCAAGGUCAUCUGGGCCUCGGGCCGGAUGCACAGCCCUCUGGACUUCAGAAAACCCACAAUGAGGAGAAAGCUCGGCAAGAGCGAAACAAGCCAUCAGAAUUCUGACUUAGUCAUCAGUGAAGCCAGACUCGGGGGAAAUUUGUAUGUUUCUCCUGAAUGGGGCAAAAACAGGAGCUUGGAGCGUCUUUUGGGGUUCUUAACAAAAAUGACCUGUUCUAAAGAAAGACCUUCCAAAGGCUUUCCAGGAAACUCAAAUGCAGACAGCGUGGUGCAAUACAGACUCCAUUCUCCCUUUCAAGCCAGAUUUCUGCACUUCCUUCCCGUGGCCUGGAACCCUAAGGGCAGGAUCGGGAUGCGGAUUGAAGUAUACGGAUGUGCAUACAGAUCUGAGAUGAUUAACUUUGAUGGGAGAUGUAACUUAUUGUAUACAUUUAAGCAGAAAUACAUGAGCUCAACAAAAGAUGUGAUUUCUUUGAAAUUUAAGACCAGGCAAAAUGAUGGGAUUCUGUUGUACAGAGAAGGACAAAAUGGCAAAUAUAUCACACUCGGAUUAGUUAAAGGAAAACUUGUCUUAUUUCUUAAUUCAGGAGACUCUAACUCACCCUCCUCUGAUGUCCAGGAGGUCCUCACUCUGGGCAGCCUGCUAGAUGACCAGCACUGGCACUGUGUCCUUAUUGAGCUCCUCCACACUCAUGUCAACUUCACUGUGGACAGACACACACAUCACUUCCAGGCUAAGGGAGAGCCUGACUAUUUGGAUCUUGAUUAUGAGAUUAGCUUUGGAGGGAUCCCCGAGCAUAGCAAAUCAAUGGUGUUACCACGUAAAAACUUUAAUGGCUGUCUUGAAAAUCUCCAUUAUAAUGAAGUAGAUGUCAUUGAAUUAUCCAAGAGAAAAAGCCCACAAAUCCUCAUCAUGGGAAAUGUGACUUUCUCCUGUCUGUAUCCUCAGCCUGUGCCCAUAACAUUUUUGAGCCCCAGGAGUUACUUGGCUGUUCCAGGCACCCCAGGAAAGGAUGAAGUGUCUCUUGCUUUACAGUUUCGGACAUGGAACCGAGCAGGACACGUAUUUACUAGCGGGUUUCAUCAUGGGUCCGGAGACCUCAGUCUUUCUCUAAAUGAUGGAAAACUUCAGCUGAGUCUCUUCCAUCCUGUACAUCCACUGAGGAGUGUCACAGCAGGUUCUGCACUAAAUGAUGGCCAGUGGCAUUCUGUGUCCAUAUCUACUAGAGGGAGUCACCUGAGUAUGACAGUAGAUGAUAAUGCAACUUCCAUAGCACAUUCCCUACAUGGGCAGAUUCAUUUUGGUGACACAUACUAUUUGGGAGGAAAUAUUUUGGAACCUAAGCAGAAUUUGACUAAGCCCAGUGAUAUAGUCAUCCUUUCCCAUAAGGAGCAUCUGCCUGUCACUCAGAUAGUGACAACAAACACAGGCCAACGACACUCUGAAGCAAGCUUUACAUUGGGGCCUCUGCUUUGCCAGGGGGACAAUUCGUUUUGGAAUUCAGCUUCCUUCAAUACUGAAACAUCAUACCUCCAUUUCCCAGCAUUCCGUGGAGAACUUAGUGCUGACAUGUCUUUCUUUUUUAAGACCACAGCCCCUUCUGGAGUGUUAGUAGAAAACCUGGGAAUCACAGACUUCAUCCGGCUGGAGCUGCGUGCUUCUGCGGAAGUGACCUUUUCAUUUGAUGUGGGAAAUGGACCUUGUGAAGUCAAAGUGAAGUCCUCUACCCCCUUGAAUGACAAUCGGUGGCACUAUGUGAAGGCAGAGAGGAACAUUAAGGAAGCAACUCUCCAAGUGGAUCAGCUCCCUGUCAGAACCCAGUCGGGCCCUGCUGAUGGGCACUCCCGCUUACAAUUCAACAGCCAGCUCUUUGUCGGAGGUACAGCAACCAGGCAGAGAGGAUUUCUGGGGUGCAUCCGGGCCCUGCGUUUGAAUGGGCUGGCCUUGGACUUGGAAGAUAGAGCCACAGUGACCCCAGGUGUGGAGCCAGGAUGCCCAGGUCACUGUGCUAGCUAUGGACAUCUGUGCCACAAUGGAGGCCUCUGCCAGGAGAGGCCAAAGGGAUUCGUGUGUGACUGCACCUCCUCUGCUUAUGAUGGGCCCUUCUGCUUCCAUGAGGUUUCUGCAUAUUUAAGAACUGGCUCAUCAAUCACUUACAGUUUUCAAGGACCUUACAACCACACCCCCAGCAAGAACACCAGCUCCUUUGCAACUGGAUCCCAUGAAGAUCUAACACUGACAGGAGAAGAGACCGCGAUAAGCUUCAGGACAACAGGGCUUCCCUCCCUACUGCUCUUUGUUGGGGCCUUCUCAGAGGAAUACUUUUCUGUGAUCCUCACCACAAAUGGAAGUUUGCAUAUCACUUAUAAACUAGACAGACACCAAGAACCUGAUAUUUUUAAUCUUGGCUCUAAAACUAUGGCUGAUGGGAAAUUUCAUCGGGUGACAAUUAGCAGAGAAGCAGCCGCAGUCUUUGUAGAGGUUAACCAGAAUACAAGGACACAUGUCAUCCUGUCCUCGGGGACCGAAUUCAAUGCAGUCAAAUUCCUGACACUGGGGACAAUUUUCGACGCCCCCGGAGCAGACGCCGACACGCUCCGCGCGGGAAGAAGCGGCUUCACCGGCUGCCUGUCGGCGGUGCGCUUCGGGCCAGCGGCUCCCCUGAAGGCGGCGCUACGCCCCGCAGCCCCUGCCCGGGUCAGGGUCCGAGGCCACGUGAGCGCAGUGUCCGGCUGUGCUGGGCGCUCGGGGUCCGGCGCCCCUGCACGCCAGGCCACCCCGCUCGCCGGCGGUGCAGGUCGUUCAGGAACCACAGAUGAGGGAGAGCCCCUAGUUAAUGCGGACAGACCUGAUUCCGCGGUCAUUGGAGGAGUGAUAGCAGUUGUGAUAUUUAUCUUGAUCUGCCUCACUGGCAUAGUGAUAUGUAUUUACCAACAGAGAUGGUCACAUCAGAAAAAUGAGACAAAAAUUCCUCCGAAUGGAGACAAUGCUGAGACUGCUCUGAAAAGUGAGCCCAACCUGCAAAGUUCAGUCACUGAAAGCCAGAAAGAGUACUUCUUCUGA